AAUAAUGUUAUGUAUCCUAACUAUAACACGGCACUCACACAAACCCAAGCAACUCAACAUUCAGGCCUUGAGGUAACCAUGGAGAUGGCAAAAGAACUUGAAAAGAGCACUCGACUACAAGCAACAGAUCCUAAGUGGCACAAGUUACGGUAUGACCGCAUAACAGCUUCCAAGGCAGGGGAAAUUUACAAGCGCAGAMGAAAUUUUGAGACUCUUGUGGAAAGAUAUAAGACGACAAGACAUUAUCAAACGGAGGCCAUGAAACAUGGAGUACUCUGUGAGCCAAAGGCAGCUAAAGCUUAUAGUGAGGUCAUGAAUAAUACAGUCAACAUUCUGCCCUGUGGUAUUGUAAUUAACCCAUGGUGUCCAUGGCUUGCAGCAUCACCUGACAGGAAAGUCUACAAUCCUCAAAGAACAAACCCUUUCGGUCUGCUGGAGAUUAAGUGCCCUGAUGUUCAUUCUGUUAAGGAUGUUCAAUACCUAGAGCAAGUAUGGCUCCCAGAUUUUCCAUUUAAAAGAAAAUCACAAUUACUACUAUCAAGUAUUAAUGCAACUGGCAGUAACUGGUCUGUCAUGGUGUGAAUUUUUUGUCUGGUGUGAGAAAGAUAAUGCAUUAAUUACAAUUACUUUUGACCAAGGUAAAUGGCAAA